UCCACAGACCAUAUAAGUACUCCUCUUCUCCAUCUCCUCUCCCAGCUAUCCUCUAGAUGUUGCCUGGAGAAGGAUGCAGUUAGGAGUGGUGCUUCCUGAAUCUGACAAAUGUCUACCCUGACCAAGACUCUUGUAUACAGUCAGUAUGGGGUGAAGAAGGGUCUGUACAGAGGCCUGUCUCUCAACUACAUCUACUGUGUGUCCUCACAGGCUGUGGCCUUUAUCACCUAUGGGGUGAAGAAGGGUCUGUACAGAGGCCUGUCUCUCAACUACAUCUACUGUGUGUCCUCACAGGCUGUGGCCUUUAUCACCUAUGGGGUGAAGAAGGGUCUGUACAGAGGCCUGUCUCUCAACUACAUCUGCUGUGUGUCCUCACAGGCUGUGGCCUUUAUCACCUAUGGGUUGAUGAAGGGUCUGUACAGAGGCCUGUCUCUCAACUACAUCUGCUGUGUGUCCUCACAGGCUGUGGCCUUUAUCACCUAUGGGGUGAAGAAGCAAACCAUCCACCUCAACUAGCUGCUCCCUCACCAUCCAUCUCUACCCUUCAUCGUUGCAUAGCGGGACUGAGGCACGUUCACUGUGGAUAAACGUUCUGAAAGGUUUAGGAAGAUCCCUAGCAGCUGUCUAUCUCAAAACAGCCCGAACAAGAGCGUUCUCUGGGGCUAUAUGUUCUGAAAUGUUAAGGGAAUAUUGCCUAUUAGAUAUGUCAAUUUGCCCUAGUAAACGUUUUCAGUUUUAAGGAAGUCGGCUUCCUUUCGGAGGAGUUGACCCCUGCUACCAGAGGCGGCCAUUGUGGCUCAGCCACCCGAGCAGAGCCUAGUAGCUGCUUACCCCAGUCGGAAAGCAGAGGAAUGUUAGGCGCUGGGCCCCAUGGCAGUGCUAAUCCAGUGCCCAUGUCUGUGUCUGCGCCUAUAAUGUUGUGCUGAAACCAUCCGCCAAACCUGUGGCUUGGCUUUGGACAACACCCCGGCAACUAUUGCCAUGGCUACCUAUAGACAAUGGCUUCCUCUGCUUCGAUGGGCAGCUAUGGGCAAUGAACCCCUAACAACACUCGUUGGUAAUGCCAUGGAAACCCAAUUAUGUACACUGCUCCCCCAUCCUACCCCACCACCCGCCCCUAAGAAGUCACCCAGCCAAUGACGGAGGGGAAAGUCACACCGGACAAUCUGGCUUAUCCAAUCGGAGGCCUUCUUUUCCUCAUGUACCUACUGUUGUGAGUACAAAUCUAGACACAUAAUCAACGAGACAAGGAUUUAAAUGUGUAGUAUGUCAGUUAUAAGAGUCCAGAUUCAACUAUCAAACAUUUGAUGAGAAUAAAGAAACACUCCCCAA